ACCCACCAAAAAAACAUCUGAUAAGGAAUUGGGAUCAACUUACCAGCUGAAAAUCGGUGGUGUAUUGAGUGUUAAAUAUAUAUAUAUAUAAUCAUGUCAAGUUGUAUUGAUAAAAGCAUCACAAUCCGAGAAGUAUGGUCUGAUAAUUUAGAAUCCGAGUUUGAUUUGAUCCGAUCCAUCAUCGAUCAAUACCCUUACAUCUCCAUGGACACAGAGUUCCCUGGCGUUGUAUACCGUCAACCGUUGGAGCCUGGCAGAUCUUACAGAAAUCGCUGGCCAUCGGAACACUACAAGCUUCUUAAGUCAAACGUUGACGUUUUGAACCUUAUCCAGCUCGGUCUCACCUUCACCGACUCUUCCGGCAACCUUCCAUCCAUCGAUGGGACCCACCAACGCUUCAUCUGGCAAUUCAAUUUCAACGAUUUUGAUCUAGCGCGUGAUGCCUACGCGCCGGAAUCGAUUGAUUUGUUGAAACGUCAAGGGAUUGAUUUUGAUCGGAACCGAACCGAUGGGAUCGAUUCAGCCAAAUUCGCCGAGUUGAUGAUGUCAUCCGGUCUGGUUUGUAAUGAAGAGGUUACCUGGGUGACGUUUCACAGCGCGUAUGAUUUCGGGUACUUGUUGAAGAUCCUCACACGCCGCCGUCUGCCGGGAGGAUUGCCGGAGUUUUUGGAGACAUUGAAGGCGUUCUUUGGGGACAACGUGUACGACGUGAAGCACUUGAUGAAGUUUUGCCGGAACGGUUUGUACGGGGGUUUGGACCGGGUGGCGAGUCUUUUAGAGGUGAACCGGGUUGCUGGGAAGUGCCAUCAAGCCGGUUCAGAUAGCUUGUUGACGUGGCACGCCUUUCAAAAGAUGAGGGACGUGUACUUCGUGGACGUUGGGCCGGAAAAUUACGCCGGCGUCUUGUACGGCUUAGACGUUUGUUGAAUUUGUAGUUAAAUUGGGAAAUUAGUUAUUCAAAUUAAAUUCAUUUUUAUUAGCGUACGUGUAGAUACCCAUCUAUAAAUUCGUUCUGAUCGUGAAAAACAAAAUCUUAUAAA